CAAAUACAUAUACUCCGAGAAAUUCAUAAAAUUGCGUUGCAAAUUCGCGCUCUUUAAAUAUUUUCGUCUUGCAAUAUUAAUUGUUUGCAACGACUUGUGAACAUAUUGUGUCCACUCUCUUCUCUAUUGCGUUUAUCGUGCUGCGAGUUUUGCGCAUUUCCAUUUCGAGGGGCAAUCGAAUUAACCAUUACAACAAGAACAACUACAACAGCAACGGGGACAAAAACAACAGCAAUAGCGAUUGCAACGUGUGCUCCCACAUAGAAUACCUUGUUUAUUAUUUUAGCGACUGGUGCUCUUCGCUUAACUCUUGAUACCUAGUGUGUGUGUGCGAAAUGCCUAAGCGCGGCGGUGGCGGUGGCGGUCAACGGUACAACAACAACAACGUUGGCAAUGGCAGCGGUGGCGGCGGCAGUGGCGGAUCACGUUUUUCUGCCUUAAAAGACUAUGAUGACGAUGACCAUCAGCGUCGCAAGGAUCGCAAUAAGCGACGCGUCAGCUUCAAGACAUCACAGUUUCCACACAAAAGCGAUGUCAAGCUACGCUUGCAGGAUGUCCGUCGCUGGGACGAGGACGACGACAUGAGCGAAAUGACAACCACAGUAAAGGAUCGCCCCAGCUCGCGACGACGCGGCUCACCGAUUCCACGUGGUAAAUUUGGCAAACUAGUGCCCAAUGGAGCUGGCUGGUAUCAAGUGACCAUACAAAAUGGCCAGAUCUAUGAGAAGGAGACGCUGCUGCGUGCUCUGCUGGCUGCAAUGUCGCCGCAUGUUUUCAUACCGCAAUAUUGGCGCUCGGAGCGUCAUUGUGCUAUCUUCUUCACGGAUGACUUUGAGGUGGCAGAGCGCAUACAGCAGCUGGGACGGCAUGCACAGCUGCCGGAUGGCUUUCGGCUGAUGCCGCGUGUACGCAGCGGCGUGCCAUUGGUUACGAUCGACGAAGAAUUCAAGGCCAAGAUGAAGGUGGUGAUGGCCAAGCGUUAUAACGUGCAGACCAAGGCGCUCGAUCUGUCUCGUUUCCACGCCGAUCAGGAUCUGAAGCCCAUCUUUUGUCCACUCUUCCGAGUGAAUGUCAUGAGCACUGCGCUGGACAUCAUAUGCGACAAUAUACCCGAUCUGGAGGCAAUCAAUCUCAAUGACAACAAUAUGUCCACCAUGGAAUCGUUCAAGGGCGCCGACAAGCGGCUGCCUAAUCUUAAGAUCCUCUAUCUGGGCGAUAACAAGCUGCCAUCGUUGGCUCAUCUGUUGGUCUUUCGCAAUUUGCCGAUUGUGGAGCUGGUCUUGCGCAAUAAUCCAUGCCGUUUGCGCUAUAAGGAUCCACAGCACUUUGUCAGCGAAGUACGACGAAAGUUUCCCAAAAUCUUAAAACUGGAUGGGGAAGCAUUGCCGCCACAGGUUCACUUCGAUUUAAACGAAUCGUCGGUGCUGCCAACGGCCAAAGCCUCUUUUCUGUGCGACAGAGCUGGAGCCGAUGUGGUUCGCCAAUUCUUGGAUCAAUACUUUAGCAUCUUCGAUUCGGAUAAUCGACAGCCAUUGCUGGAUGCAUACCAUGAGCAUGCGCUGCUCUCCAUGUCCAUGCCCUCGGUCAGUCAGGUGGGCAGACUUAACAGCUUCUGGAAAUUUAAUCGCAAUCUGCGACGCAUUGUGAGCACUGAACGGGAGGACUUGCGCAUACGCCUCUUGAAGAGCGGACGACUGGCCUGCGUGUCCACAUUGGACGAAUGGCCACGGACACUGCACGAACGUCGCACUUUCACAGUUGAUCUAACCAUAUACAAUCCCCAAAUGAUGGUGUUCACAGUGACGGGAUUGUUCAAGGAGCUGACUGGCGAUUCGGGCUCUUCGACGCCCAGCUCUAUGCAGGCCUACGAGCUGCGCCACUUUUUGCGCACAUUUGUGGUGGUGCCGCAGAAUACGGGCUUUUGCAUUCGAAACGAGACAAUUUUCAUAAGCAGUGCCACGCCCGAACAGACGCGUGAAUUCAAGCGCACACAGCAUCAGCCAGCACCGGGCGCUGCUAUUGGCGUCGGUGUCGGUGUCGUCGGCGGCAGCUUAACGCCAAUUGGCUCAACACCCAUUGCUGACGGCUCAGUACAGAAUCGAUUGCAACAGGGUCAGCCGGCGGCGGGCGUCCCUGUUGCCCUGCUUACAACACCUACGCCAUCAAAUCCAACUGGCACACCCACUGGAAGCAGCACUGCUGCCGUCAAUGAUGCCACCAAAAUGCAAAUGGUGCAGGCAAUGAGUGCCCAAAGCCAGAUGAAUCUGGACUGGAGUCGCAAAUGUUUGGAGGAGACGAAUUGGGACUUCAAUCAUGCCGCCUUUGUGUUCGAGAAACUUUUCAAGGAAAACAAGAUUCCACCCGAGGCUUUUGUCAAGUAAUUGGCCCAAAACAAUACCAACACCCAUCAAUGCACCAACCCACACACAAAUACACACAUACACACACACACAUACACACAUACACGCACACAUACAACACACACAGUUUCAAUGGCAAUAUUAACCAUCAAAUUAUAAAGUAAUGCCUUUCGUCUAAAUACAAUUGGCAACAGGUGUCACAUUCGCACACCAGCUUUAGGCGUUCACACAUUGUUUUUGUUUUGUUUUGAUCUGAUUUAAAUAAUUUAUCUGUAGAUCUUAAGCUAAUAUUUAUAGACACUCUGGCAAUGUUGGCUACGCUUCCAAACUAAUCAUCAUAUCAUAUAAAAUCGAUUGUGUCUAAUCUGUUUACUUUGCCUCAAAAUACACAAACUUAAAAAGUGUAUUUAAUAAAUUCUUUGGAAUUUGUCUAAGCAAUUGCCAGCGUCUCUCAACACACAUACACACCCGUACCCAUAAACUUACACUUUUAAAUAAAUAAAAACAAUAAAAAAAC